AUGCCUCGUAAUCACGCAGGACCAUGGCCCAACGGCGCCCGUGCAGCCGUAGCUUUCACAAUAGACAACAUGGGCGAAGCAGCAGACAUUAACCGCAAUCUCUGGCCCAGAGACCAAGAAAUCGGCUCACACUACUCUGUCAAAGAGAUCUUACCACAAUUCCUGGCUCUAAUCCAGGAGAAGAAAAUCCCGGCUACAUAUUUCGUCGAAUCCUGGAAUCUGAGCGUCUAUCCCACGGAGAUCCGAGAGCUGGCUGAGGCGGGUGUGGAAGUGGCGUGGCAUGCUUGGCAGCAUGAGGCUUGGAAUGGGCUUGAUGAGGUGGAGGAGAGGAGGAAUUUUGAGAGGAGUUUUGGGAAGGAAGAGGGGAUCGAGGGGUUUUGUGCUCGGGAGGGAAGGGGUAAAGGUGUUGUGAAGGGGUAUAGGGGCUUUCGGCCUCCGGGUGGUGUUGUGCAUGGUGAUAGGACGUUGAAGCUUUGUAGGGAUUAUGGGCUGCAGUAUAUCAGUUCUGCUGGUGAGGAGGCUGCGUUGGUGGAAGUGGAGGGAGGUAAAGAUAGUAUUGUUGUCUUGCCCUUUAAGUGGCGGACCGUGGAUGCUUACUACUAUAUGGACGCUUUUCUUGGGUUGAGGAAGAUGAAAGGAGAAGCUGAUGUGGGUGUACAGAGUCCGGUGACUUUAGCCAAGAGCUAUAUCCAAGAGGUUGAGGCUGCUAUUGAGAAGGGAGGAUAUGUUUCGACCUUGUUCCAUCCCUUUCUGACCAAUGAACCAGACAGGCUUAAGGCAAUGGAGAUGGUGAUGGAUUUCAUGAUUCGGAAGAGGGAUGCUGGGGAGAUUUGGUUGGCGAGGUGUUGUGAUAUUGCUGAAUACAUUAGAGCACACCCGGAUGUCGUCGGGGAUGAUCCCAAAUGGGAUUAUUCGUCGUGGCGAUGA